AUGGAUACUAGCUCCACGGAGCAACAGGUGGCGGCCUUCCUGCAGUCAAAGGGAAUACACUUGGACUGCGAUAACAUCGAGGCUUGUCACCCCCUGCCCAGGAGAAAAUCCAGCGAUGAUAAAAAUAGCGAUGACAAACCAGCCAUCAUAAUAAGGUCUGGUCACCUUUUACGGAAACCCAAGGAACUGCCUCUGGAUCUAAGUCAAGGUGGAUUCAAUGUUCCUCUGCAGUACGCUGUUUGGAAACGGAUGUUUAAACACAUCAAACCAGUUCCCACCCUCCUGACUCUGGACCCGAAGACGGCCAACUCUCACCUCAUCCUGUCCCGGGACGGCACGGAGGUGCGUGUGGCGGACAAGCAGGAUGACAUCCCGGACAACCCGGAGAGGUUCAGCCGCUGGCUGAGCGUGCUGGGCUCGGAGGGCUUCACGGGGGGCAAGCAUUGCUGGGAGGUGGAGGUGAUGGAGAGCACCGUGUGGCAGGUUGGGGUGGCCAAGGCCUCCGUGCCAAGGAAGAGAGGCUUCGCCCCGUUCCACUGGCAGGAGAGCCGCAAGUUCUUCACGCCUGAACCUCAGGCUGGUGUCUGGGCACUGGCCCUACAGGAUGGGGAUUACACUGCCCUGACCUCACCCCCCAUCGAGCUGAGGCUGAAGGGAAGGCUGAGGAAGCUGGGCGUCUACCUGGACUAUACUGCGGGACAGGUAUCCUUCUACAAUGCUGACGAUGUCUCCCAUCUCUACACCUUCACCGACAAGUUCAUCGAGGAGAUCUUUCCCUAUUUCUAUAUCGCCCACAAGGGGGACUCGCUGAGACUCACAACUCUGGGCAUCUGAAGAACAU